UAAAUCUACACAAACCCGAACGGAUCCGAGAUCCAGUCUAGAAAACCCUCGUUCAGGUUAUCCGCUGCCGAUCGCUUCGAAGCCCUCUCCCAUGGCGGUCUCUCUGCAAUCCGCCUACUGUCGCCCUGUGGCACUUGACCACAGGCACUCUCCCAGCUUAACCUUCAAGAGCUUUGCUGGCCCCAAGUCAGGUACCUUUAGGCGUGGACCUUCCAAUGUUAACGCUGAAUUCUAUAGUAGGGUUAAUCAAAGCAUCUCUUUGAGAUAUUCAGCAAAGAAGGGUUCACGGGGUCGGGUAUUUAUGAUGCCCAUAGGUAUUCCAAGAGUUCCCUACAGAACCCCUGGUGAAGGAACUUGGCAAUGGGUUGAUCUAUGGAAUGCCCUUUACCGAGAGCGUGUUGUCUUUAUUGGGGAACAUAUAGAUGAAGAAUACAGCAAUCAAGUCUUGGCAACAAUGCUGUAUCUUGACAGCAUCGAGUCAUCAAAAAAAAUAUACCUCUAUAUUAAUGGCCCAGGUGGUGAUCUUACUCCAAGCAUGUCUAUAUAUGACACUAUGCAAAGCUUACAAAGUCCCGUUGCAACCCACUGUGUGGGCUAUGCAUAUGACAUGGCAGCAUAUAUUCUUGCAGCCGGAGAGAAGGGUAACCGGUCUGGUAUGCCUCUUUGUGAAAUUGCGCUUCAAACACCUGCCGGAGUAGCUCGUGGCCAGAUGCGCUUCUUAAUUAUUUCACUACCUCCACUCAAAAUGAUUGGGAUUCUCAUUAGUCUAUUCCAGCAAUCACUGUAUCUGCAACUUCUUUCAGAUAUGUGGAAAAGGCUGAUGAUGUUCAGAACGAAGCAAAUGAACUUCUCCGAAUUCGGGAUUACCUAUUUAGCGAAUUGUCAAAAAAGACAGGUCAACCUCUUGAAAGGAUCAGUAAGGAUCUGGUGUAUGUGGCACGCUUCACUGCACAAGAAGCUCUGGAGUAUGGGCUAAUUGACUGCAUAAUCAGGCCCUCACGCAUCAAGCCUGACGCCCCUCGUAAGGAAACUCCAGGAAUUGGCCGAGGCUGAUCGACUCUUGCUUCAAACGCAUCCUCACACACCUGAUAUCUUUACAGAUGGAUUUGAGUACAUCUUUCAAGUUGGUUUUCAAGUCAGGCGUCUUGUAGCUCUAAAAUCACAAUCUCUAAGCGCACACAACUUAUGUUUUACUCACUGUUCAUUAGAGAGAUAGUGAAGCACUGCUUCUGUAAUUAAUUUGUUUUUGCUGGUUUAAGAUUAAGCCCUAAACAUCCAUGGAACUAUGGACUUUCACAAGUAAAAUUUGUUCAAAGUGCAAACUUUUUUUUCCCUAACAGUAAGAAAUAUGUUCAUCUCAAA